AUGUUUAUACUUUCUGAGCUAGAAGAUACAGUCAAGAUUGUACCUAAUGACUUCAAAAAGGACGAUAUUAAUGCUGUGACAGAUGUAUUAAAUGAGAAAUAUGCAAACAAAGUAGUGCAAGAAGUGGGUCUUUGUAUAUGCGUUCAUGAUAUCUUGCACAUGUCUGAAGGAUUCAUUCUUUAUGGCGAUGGCUGCAGUUACAUUAAAGUAACAUUUAGAUUGGUUGUGUUUAGACCAUUCAUUGGAGAAGUCAUAGUUGGAAAAAUUAAAAGCUCUUCACCAGCAGGCGUCGUCGUGACUCUAGGAUUCUUUGAUGAUAUCUUGAUUCCUGGUGCUGCACUUCAACCAGGAUCCAAAUUUGAUCCAGCAGAACAAGUUUGGGUGUGGAAUUACGAAGGAGAGAAAAUGUUUAUGGAUAUUGAAGAACCCAUUCGGGUACGAGUUCUACGUGAGCAAUUUACAGAUACUACACCAACAAGUCACCCACCUGCAAAGGCAGCAGGUAGACGUCCAUCAGCUGCUGAUGCCAGUGAUGAUCUUGCUGCCAAUUCAACAAAAAUACCACCCUACUCUAUUACUUGCACAAUACAAGAAGAUGGUUUAGGAUUACUUUCUUGGUGGGGAAGUUAA